CAGGGAUUUUCAACAACUCAAGGCAAUGACUCCUUGUGUUGCAAUUAAUUAUCGCGGGAUAUUCAUCAUGACUUCGAUACUGGUAAGGUUUUUUUCUCACAUCUGUGUCAACACCUCCAUUAAUAUAGCAUAUGACUGAUAAACAGAUUGAACUACGGUCAACUGUCGCAUUGCCAACACUUCGCCAUCGCAGACAUCCCGAUAAAACAUGUACAUUCAGACGUUUGUCACGGUCAGAAACCGAACUCCCGUUAUUACGGUCUAUCUCUACUAAGGACACUUUCAAAUUUGCUAUCUCCUACAAAUCUACAAGAGUGAUUUUGGUGAAAGGGAAGCCUUCUAAAAUACCACACCUCAAAACUGUCGAAACUAGGAAUAUUAUGUAAGAUGAACUUUUUUUGCUUUGUAAGCAUUAACUCCCUGACUUUGCAGAAUGAUGCAAUUUUACAUUACCAUAUUAGAUUACAUAACAAAACGAGAGCCUGUUUGGUGCUGUAAUUGCAGUUUGUUAUAAUUUUACAGACCUGCCAUCUCUUGUGAUUCUGCCUUUAGUCUCACAAUUUUUUAUUUUACCUCAAGGUCUCAAAUCUCACUGUUUUUAGUGAAAAGUCAGUUCAAAAUGAAAGGUUACAUUGUAGAAUAAGAAUGGAAACUUGAUGGAUAAUAUUAGUGCCAUAAACUUAAAUGAUAAGCAAAUAAGAAUAAACACUUUACUUACCGAACUGUGGGAUUUGCCCUUCUGUUUCCCGUUUAAAGGCUUCUACGUAGUUCUAGUACAGAAAUUGACGAGUGGAAGAAGGGUUCAUUUAACCUGAUCGGGAAAAAAAAUAGAGUCUCACUAUUUUUGUAGAAUCUCCAGAUUUUUUCGUAAGUCUCCUGAUUUUCUUUUAUGACCAUCAUCGGUGGGCAGGUCUGCUUUUAUGAGUCCUCUGAACUACAAAAAGCUAUAUUUUAGUAACCAUGUAGGUGUAUUGAUGCAAAUAGAAUUUAUAGGCUUAUAUGAAAAGUGUCAUUCACUGUUAAGCUUAUUUCUUUUUUUCUUUUUCUUAUUUUUUCCUUUUAUUUAUUUAUUUAUUUUAUUUCACUUUUUCUUUUUCUUUUCCUAGCUUAGCUAAGGUGGCACCUUGAAAGUACAAUUUGAAUGUUCCAAUGACUAUUAGGCUAUGUCAGUCUACACUAUACCAGAUAGCUUAUCUUAAGUAAAUUGCUCCAUUACUUUAUUAAAGAAAUAUGUCUAACUUUUAUGCACAAAAACUGGAAGGAAAUGCCUCAAAAGAAAGAAGACUUGGGUAUAUUUGUUGAACUUACAGAGCACUUUAAGCAAAUAAAACAAGCUUUCACUUAGUAAAACUUGAGGCUUAACUCUUGUGCUAUUUGCAAAUGACUCGUCAGUAAAGGAGAAUCAAUAAAAAAAAAAUUAUACAACAACUAGAACCGACAUAUUUUCCACCACGUACCUGUAACUUACUUGUAAUGCCAAAUUUCAGUGAAGGUCUGCUCUUUUUUUUUGUUUUCUUUUCUUGUCCCACUGAUAUUGUACUCGACUUGUGAAGAUAAAGGCAAUGUUUCAAGCAUAUUUAAAUGUCUUAAGCAUGCUUACGGCGAAGGUGAACGCAUGAAAGAACCAACAUUUACUCUGAGUCUGUAUGGCCUGCCAAAACCAUAUUAGUUAGAAAUAAUGUAAAUGAUUCAUACAUGACCGUAUUAGAAAGAUCCCAUAUUUUGUUUCAAUAGUACUGCAAGUCAGCAGUAAUUCAACACCCUCAUGUACACAGCAUUUCCCUAAACAUAAAGAUGGCCGAUGGUUUUGCUUCCAGUUCUUGUUCUACAGUUGACUCCCGAUAACUUGAACCCUCGCUAACUCGAACCGAAGUCGAUUUCCCCUGGAUUUCCUUUAUACAUUUACUGUAAUUUUACCCUCAGUAACUCGAACCCUUGAUAACUCGAACCUGCCGCUAACCUGUGUUUCCCCUUCAGAUCGUUUCCAUAUAAUUUUACCCUUGAUAACUUGAACCAUGUUAUAAGCGCGUGACAAGUCAGGAAAAAAACCAUGUACUGAAGUCCAAGACAUUGAAUUUAUUUCAAAGCAACUGCGUCAAUUCUUUGUCUUUACUUUUUUGUCACUCCAGUUCAAAUUCAGUGUCCAUUCCUGUAUACUUUGUUGUAUAGUUGCAUUCCCUCCCCACCCAUUUGCCUAUUUUUCUUAUUUCCGGUUAUUUGCUUCAAACUCGAUCUGAUAACUUAAACAUUUUUCGAUUUCCCUAGAAGGUUCAAGUUAUCAGGAGUCAACUGUAUUUUUUUAGAUCCUCGUAAAUAGGAGGUUACACUUUGCAGGCCUCCAUUACAUCCACAGGGCUCGAAAUUAAAAAAAUCCCCAAGUCGCCUUUUGGCGACCAACUGGAGAAAUAUAGUCACCAGAUGCAAAUUUUUAGUCGCCAGUUUGUAUAAUGUAAAUGACGCAGCUCAUAGUAUCAGCCUGGCUUCUGAUAUUUAGCGUGGAGUAGCGAAAUCCCGCAAAAGCCACUAAAUCAUGCCAAAUACCGCGAGAUUUGCUAGAAAUCUUAACAAAUACAUGUCGAUACAGCAUAUUUGAAACUUAUCUCAGUUAUUGGGGCUGUUCAAUUGCCGUAAACUUGCAAAUUUAUCUUGAAACUUUAUCACCACAACGAGCGAACAACGUCCCAAAACUACCACGCGUAUAUUAUGUUGGGAAAAACUGGGCACUAGUCAUGACAUUAAAAGCUUUGCCAUUAGCUCAUUUCUCGAGCACUUUAUUGUUAAAAUAGCGAAUGAUUAUCUCUGUUAAAAAACACAACACGCUCGUCAAAUCAGCGUAAAAUCGAUCGAUUUCUAGCGAGAUUUGGUCAGAAACUUUCCAAGAAAUUGGCCGUUUUUUACUGAUUGUUUUUCGGCAAAGUUAGCCCCAAUAAUUUCCGCAAAUUUGACUUUUUUUCCGUGACCUAUCAUAAGCCUGUAGUAUGUCGCGAUCCAUCAGAUCUGAUCGUUUCAAAAUAUCGCGGACAGAAGUUGGUAUAAAUUUAGAGGUAAACUGGCUUUGUUUGUGCGACUUGGCACAUUUUUAUGAUGAAAGCAAAGCAAGAUAAGAUGAAAUGUUUGUUUUAACUUUACUCUUUUAAUUUAAAUCUAACUCAUAGAAGAAAACCUGGUCACGGCCAAAGUGGCGACUAAACCAGAAUUUUUAGUCGCCAAGGAGAAAAUAUUAGUUGUAUUGGCGACCGUAUCAGUCGCAAUUUCGAGCCCUGAUCCAGUAUCUUUUACAGGCAAAUGCAAAAAUUUCACGAGCAAUCGUAAAGAAAUAGCCAGAAAGAAACUGUGCAAAUUUGCUUAUUUCGCAGAUACAAUUCAGGAGAUGAUCUUCUCAUGAUCACUAAGUCGAUCAAGGACUGAUGUGUGCUUUAUGCACCUAAAAACUUGCUAUGUACUUCACCACUCUAAAGUAAUGCUUGUAUGUUCUCAAUUAAAUGUACGCAGUGGCAAAAAUGCCGAAAAAUAGACAGAGGGCUGGUGAUUCAAAUUGGACGCCAAAAGUGGCUCCUUGGAUAGUGGCGAUUUUGGAAAAAUUGGUGAUUUUGGCAAAAAUGACGAACUAGGAUGGCAGAAAUGGCAAUUGUGUGCAUUUCUGGACAUAUCUCAUAUAAGUUAAUGCUAAUUAAAUUAAUGUUUUCAGUCAUUAUAAUUACACUUAUGAGCUUGUUGUUUUUUCUCAAUCAACCAUAGCUGUUAGUGGCCAAAUGCGAAGACCAACUUUGCUCAAAUUGUACAGAAGAGCACAUCACCAGAAAAGUACCUGGCAAGUGUGAUGUC